UCAGCACUAGCUUCUGGGACAUCUGAUUGAUUUCAAGUACCAUUUAAAAAGGGGAUGCAGCAACCACUCUGAAAGACAACUGCACAUUUUACCCUUAUCCCUCACCGAAUGUCACCUACAUUACAACUCGACGAUUCGCACAACGCAGAGCUGGAGGUAUUUAGGGGAACGGUGUUAAGUCCUCUAUUGAUAACAGCCUUUCAUUUCUUGCUAUAUGGCCUAUACCUCCCACUAUUUCGUGCAUCGCUUAUUCUUCUCCAAAAGCGACCACAAUCUUCUUCACGGAGAUUCCACCAAAUAUCACUCAUCACAUUGUUCAUUCUGGCGUCCAUCGCUGUACCCCUGGGCUUAUCAUUUGACAUUCUUCACGUUGCCGUGGCGUAUUACACCUCUCCCGAAAGAUUUUCUAGAAUCCAAAUCGUCAUACAGAUGUGCCGAUACGUUAUUCUUUUAUUCAUGGGAUUAACCGUCGAUAGUAUCUUGGUGUUCCGCUGCUUUGUGAUUUUCGGGUAUCGAGGGAAACGACUCGUAGCCGGGCUUGUUAUUGCUUUCUGCAUCAUCAUUGAUGUCUGCGCACUUUCGUUUUCACUAUGGACAGAAGCCGAGUUUCUUGGAACUAUAGGUAAAGAGACGUCCUUGGUGCCCAGCGCGCCCCAAUAUGUGUCCAACAUCUUUUUGGCAUUGAACGCGUUCACGAAUUUCACGCUUACGAGUGUUCUUGCUGGUAGAAUAUGGUGGGUAUCGCGGAAGACUCGCCAGCUACAAGGGGUAUGGGGGAAGAACCCACCGGAUGAAUGUUUUACUACGAAACUCAAUACUCUUGUCGCUAUAUUGCUCGAAACAGGGUUAAUAUAUUUAAUCGGGCUAGUCGUGUUUAUCUUGGGGAAUAUCGGGGAAACACGCUACGAUAUCGGAUCCGUGUUGUGCCAAGUCGGGGGAAUCGCCCCGACACUGCUCAUUGUUCGCGUCAAUGUAAAUGGUAGGCCCUCAGAUCCAGAGCCCGAGCAAGACCUAUACAAUUGCCCAGGAGAACUGCAAGGGCAACUACCGAAUUACACGGGCACUCGGUCUAUUCAGUCGACAGCGGCGUCAGAACAAAAAUAUCCUGCAACGGAGGUGUAUCUCCGGCCACAGGUGUUGUACUCUCCAUCUGUGGCAAGGUUUCCUGGCCCCGAUACUAGACUGCGGCGUUUCACACUGUCUGGUCCUUCAUCACUGUAACUCUACCCUCACGAAUCGUCUGUACCCUUACCACGGGGUUUCUUGUUCUUAUUUCUUUCUCUCUUCAAUGAUCCUCCGGUUACGUUCUUUCAGUUCUCCUUUCAUCUCCGGGUUAUGCAUCAUUGACACUUCGAGACUGUCGUAAAUUAUCACUGCAAUUUUUAGCCUCUUUGUUCUUGGAUUGCUCUCCAACUGCUGUCACUCCCUCGUAUAUAUAUACCCGUUUGGUCGUUUCUUGGAUACCCUCACAGAAGACGGACGCCUCUAACUUUGAUACUUAGUCAACCAUCGUUUUCCAAUGUACUUUGUGUACCAUUA